AUGAUUAGUGACAUCGUAGAAACUAAACAAUGCCAACGGAAAGAUCCCAUGGAUUUGUUUCAUUCUGGGCAAGUUGUAAAAAUAUGUGCCCCGAUGGUCCGCUAUUCAAAGUUGUCUUUCAGAACCCUGGUUAGGAAAUACGGUUGCGAUUUGUGUUACACACCAAUGAUCGUGGCAGCUGAUUUUGUGAGAUCUGCAAAAGCAAGAGACAGCGAAUUCACAACAAACAAAGGUGAUCAUCCAUUGAUUGUUCAGUUUGCUGCUAAAGAAGCACAGGUUUUGUGUGAUGCUGCCCAUAUCGUCUGUCCUUUUGCAGAUGGAAUAGACCUAAACUGUGGCUGUCCUCAGAGGUGGGCAAUAUCAGAAGGCUAUGGUGCCUGCCUAAUAAAUAAACCAGAGCUUGUUCGAGAUAUGGUGAGACAUGUACGGAAUCAGAUUGACAACCCUAGAUUUUCAGUAUCCAUUAAAAUAAGGAUCCAUGAGGACUUAAAAAGAACAGUUGACCUGUGUCAAAAAGCAGAAGCUACUGGAGUUUCAUGGAUUACAGUACAUGGGAGAAGUGUAGAAGAAAGACAUCAGCCUGUACAUUAUGAUGCAAUUAAAAUAAUUAAACAAAGCAUGUCUAUACCUGUUGUGGCUAAUGGAGACAUUAAAACUUUGAAAGAUGCUGAAAAUGUUCAUCUCUUGACAGGAGCAGAUGGUAUAAUGGUGGCUAGAGGACUCUUAGCAAAUCCAGCAAUGUUUGCAGGAUAUGAAGAGACACCUUUGAAGUGCAUUCAGGACUGGGUUGACAUUGCUCUUGAGCAUGGAACUCCAUUUACUUGUUUUCAUCAUCACUUAAUGUACAUGAUGGAACGGAUAACUUCAAAACAAGAGAAGAAAGUUUUUAAUGUUUUAUCAAGUACUUCAGCAGUAUUAGAUUAUCUGAAUUACCAUUAUGGUGUGUGA